CUACUUUAUAGAACCCAACUUAAGCCAACCUUCGAAACCCUCAUUAAUACGCUUUCCCUUUCAGGCGACCCAAUAAUACAACAUGGCCGGCUCCCGAGAAAAAUUGCUCUACGAUCGCAACGCGGAUUACCGAUAUGAAAAACGACAGGAGUACCGCUACGAGCACUAUAGAACACAGCCCCGCCGGAAAAACGGAUACGUAUAUGAAGAUAUCUAUUCAGAUUUCGACGAAGCGCAAGGCCGGCUCUCCCUAUUCCGGCCCAUCAGACCCGAAUAUCUAAAUCUACCUACGACCUACGAUAAGUACAAUUCGCUUCCGCGCUACGGGUACUAUGAAAACCGGCAACAACAUAGGAAGAAAGAUUAUUACGACUUCAGAAUCGAACAGGAGAGACGACGACAUCGGGAAACUUAUGAACCUUACAGAAAAAGACCCGAACGACGCUUAGAGAGCAUCGAAAUGAGCAACGAGCCUAAAAUUGAACCUAGACACGAACCUAGACCUAAAAUGGAAAAUAGAAAACCUAAAAUCGAAAUGAACGCGAAAAACGUAGCCGUUUGCAAGCCCUUAAGAUUACCUGAGAAAAAUGCAAGAUAUUGGACUACUGACCCUCCAGAAAAACCUAAAAAACGACCUGAUGAAGUUAAGAAAAACGUUAAAUUCUCGGAAGUAUCAGGCUGUAAUAGAAAGAUGGUUAUAGAUGAUCCGGUUUGUGGUCGGAAGGUAGUUCCUGUGAGAGAAUUGGAGGUAUCCUUAGACCAGAUGAUUCAGAACGGGUAUUUUGAGAAGCAUAACAUACCAAUUUCGAGGCCGGUGAAGGAAGAGGAGCCGGUGAUGAACGGGAAGCCUCCGGGGAUACAAGCCACUUCAGUAAGGCGCACCAGACAUCUGCCUCAGGUGUUGGCAGCAUUAGCAGUGUCCCUGGCUCCAUUCUCAGCAGGCCUGGGUAAAGGAUACAGCUCGCCUGCCAUCGCCUCGCUUCAAGGGCCUGGGAACGCUACCAGAAGGGACUUCCAGCUCACAGACCAGCAGGCUUCUUGGCUCGCUUCUCUCUCAUUCCUGGGGGCCCUCUUCGGGGGCAUGGCAGGAGGAGCAGCAAUGCGGCAUGGGCGCCGACGCGUGCUGUCCCUCGCCGCAGCACCCUGCAGUCUUUCCUGGCUUCUGACUGUUCUGGCUACUUCUGUCCGCAUGAUGUGCAUCACGGCAUUCUUGGGAGGCUUUUGCUGUUCCAUCCUCACCAUGCUUUCUCAGGUGUACAUAAGCGAGAUAUCCGUCCCGGAUAUCCGCGGCUGCCUCAGCGCCGUGCUCAAGAUCGUCGGCCAUCUUGGAGUUCUGUUCUCCUUCACCAUCGGUGCCUACCUCGACUGGCAGCAGCUCGCCCUCUGCAUCUCCGCCGCUCCUCUACUUCUCUUCUGCACCGUUCUUUACAUACCAGAGACCCCGAGCUAUCUCGUCCUUAUCGGAAAAGAUGAAGAAGCUUACAAAAGCCUCCUCUGGCUUAGAGGCCCCAAUUCCGAUGUCGCUCAAGAACUAGCAACUAUAAGAACGAAUGUCCUGGCUAGCAAAAACUUCAGUCAGCGACAGAGUCAGAUGUCUAGCAGUCAAUUCAUCAGUUCCUUAGAUGUUAAGUCGAUGAAUAGAUUGCUGGGUCCGAUCUUAGUGACGUGCGGCCUUAUGAUGUUUCAAAGAUUCUCCGGUGCUCAUGCAUUUUCUUUCUACGCUGUACCUAUUUUUCGGAAGACUUUUGGAGGUAUGAACCCGCAUGGAGCCGCUAUAGCUGUGUCAUUUGUACAACUGCUAGCUUCGUGUUUAUCCGGACUUUUGAUUGACACGGUUGGUCGCCUACCUCUACUAAUACUUAGUUCAGUGUUAAUGUCAAUGGCCUUAGCUGGGUUUGGGAGCUACGCGUACUACGAAGAAGUCCACAGGAACCAACGAAUCCAGAACGUGAUGUUCCACCAGACUGGUCAGAAUGACUGGAUACCUCUUCUUUGCGUCUUGGUUUUUACUAUAGCGUUCUCUUUAGGCAUGAGUCCUAUUUCCUGGCUGCUAAUAGGAGAAUUAUUUCCAUUGGAGUACAGGGCGUUUGGUAGCGCCAUGGCAACGGCUUUCAGCUACCUCUGUGCGUUCGUAGGCGUCAAGACUUUUGUCGAUUUCCAACAGGCACUGGGUCUUCAUGGGGCUUUCUGGUUAUAUGCAACAGUAAGUGUGGGAGGUCUUUGCUUUGUUGUGUGUUGCGUGCCCGAGACGAAAGGAAAAGACUUGGAUGAAAUGGAUCCGAAUUAUGUCCAGAGUUUGUCACCGAAAAAGUAGGCAGUUUAGGAGUCGCAGGAAGUGAGUCAAGUGAGGUCUCUCUCUGACUUGAUAACAGUGACAGUGUGAGCGAAUCUGGAUUUAAUCAAGUGUCGUUUUUAUAGAAUGUUGGGGUAGAUGUAGGCAGCGAGGAAUAGAAAGGAGUUUUGUAGUCUGAUGAAUGAAGGGAAAUUGAAACAUGGUAGUAAAUUAGGGAGGCAACAGUAAUUUUAAAUAAGCUAUUAUUCGAAUGUUG